AUGGCCGUUGUCAAGUCUACCGUUCCCACCAAGGACCAGGUCCUGGUCCCUGAGACCCUUCUCAAGAAGCGCAAGACUCAGCAGAAGGACCAGGAGACCCGUGCUGCCGACCUCCAGAAGAAGCGCGAUGCCAACAAGAAGAAGCGCGAGGUCAUCUUCAAGCGCGCCGAGUCCUACGUCAAGGAGUACCGCGACGCUGAGCGCGAGAAGAUCCGCCUUCAGCGCGUUGCCAAGCAGGAGGGCUCUUUCUACGUCCCUGCUGAGCCCAAGCUCGCCUUCGUUGUCCGCAUCAAGGGUAUCAACAAGAUUGACCCCAAGAAGCGCAAGACCCUGCAGCUCCUCCGUCUUCUCCAGAUCAACAACGGCUGCUUCGUCAAGAUCACCAAGGCCACCGUUGAGAUGCUGAAGAUCGUCGAGCCCUACAUCGCCUACGGUUACCCCAACCUCAAGUCCGUCCGCGAGCUCAUCUACAAGCGCGGAUACGGCAAGGUCAACAAGCAGCGCAUCCCGCUCACUGACAACGCCAUCAUCGAGGAGCACCUCGGCAAGUUCGGCAUUGUCUGCAUUGAGGACCUGAUCCACGAGAUCUACACCGUUGGCCCCAACUUCAAGCAGGCCUCCAACUUCCUCUGGCCCUUCAAGCUGUCCAACCCCACUGGUGGCUUCCGUCCCAGGAAGUUCAAGCACUUCAUCGAGGGUGGUGACCUUGGCAACCGUGAGGACCACAUCAACGCCCUCAUCAGGCAGAUGAACUAA